CUACGAGUGCCCCUGCUAGAUCUGCUCGCAGCCGACACCGCGGCUCAAUGGUACACCAUGGAUGGAAGAACCACCUCUAGCUCACUAACUGCGUCCAUUGGGCUCGAACCGCAGGAAUCCAUUCAACUGCGCACCGCGGACGAUGAGUCUGGCGACGAACGCAUCGUCGUCCCUACCAAUGCACAGCCUGCUAUGCGACCGGUCUCUCGGAAACGACAGACAGUCAUCCUCUUCUGUGCCUUCUUCGACGUCGUCAUCACCAUCGGUCUGAAUCAAGCCUACGGUGUCUUUCUCAAUUAUUACCUUUCCGACGGGAGCAGUGCGAAAGAUCCGUUUCUUUCGCCGAGCGAAGCUUCCAGCAAGGCAAUGCUGGCAUUUGUGGGCACUCUGGCCGCUGGUUUGACCUGGGGUGGGAGCAUUGUUGUUAACCCGCUCAUGGCGAGAUCCAAGGAUCCAAGGUGGCUGACCGGCGCGGGAGCAGUGCUUAUUGGAAUGGGUUAUGUGCUUGCGAGCUUCUGUCACAAGGUAUGGCAGCUCCUUCUUACACAGGGUCUGAUCUACGGCAUCGGCACCUCUUUGAUGUACUUUCCCAUCCUCGCCGUGGCGCCAGAGUACUUUGACGCCCAUCGUGGCUCCGCUAUGGGCUUUAUUCUGUCAGCAGCCGGAGUAGGAGGGCUUGUCUACGCACCUGCAGCCCGCGCACUCCUGGCGAAUAUGGGGGCCGCCUGGACUUUGCGCAUCUUUGGGCUCGUCAAUUUCGUCUUGUGCAUCCCCAUUGUGCUAGGGACGCCACAGUCACGGAGCCUCUCCAAGCGGCCGACGUUGGUGGAUAUCAGGCUGGCCAAACGGCCCACCUUCAUUCUACAAGCGACAGCUGCAAUGGCUCAGGCGGCAGGAAAUCUGGUCCCGCUGACCUUUCUCCCUGAGUUUAGUACGAGGUUAGGGUAUACAGCUGCCUUUGGUGCGGGGCUUCUCUCGGUGAACAACGCUGUCAACACGAUUAGUCGGAUAGCGAUGGGCUUCAUCGCCGAUGUUGCAGGCAGACAAAACACCCUGGUCCUCAGCGUCCUUGGUAGUGCCAUAACCGUCGUGGCAUUUUGGCUCUCCAGCGCCUAUGGGGCUGAUAUGGGAUUGUGGAUAACGUUUGUGGUGACCUAUGGCCUGUUCGCCGGCGGAUACAACUCUCUCUUCCCUACCACGGUGAUCGAGGUGUUCGGUGCACAGGCAUACGCGUCAGUCAACGGUUUCAUUUACUUCAUCCGCGGUCUAGGGGCCUUUUGGGGCUCGCCAGUGGGUGGUGCAUUGGUUGCAGACGGCAAACAUCCGCAAGCGUUUAUCAACCUCAUCUGGUAUGAUUUUGGACUGCUGAUGCUGUCGAGUAUCUGUGUGAUUGCGGUCCGCGGGUUGGAUGCGGCAGAGAAAGGCCAAUUCAAGCUGAAGGCUUGAUUGAUUCUCCCUCUCGCUCGGCGUUCAAAGAAGUGUUACUACUAUCAUGGAGAGAAUCCCGACUCAAGC